AAGCGUUUUCACGUCACGCACGUCGCUGUGAUGUGACGUGUCGGUGACGUCGCGCAGGGGAAGUUGUUUUUGCUCGACUCUUGUAAGAGUUGAUCAGUAACCGGUGAAACCAGAGUUCCUGGUCCCGGAACAAAGACAGUAAUGUGCCGAUGAGUCUCCCGUGUGGCUGAGGCUGUAGUUGAUGAAGGAAUGGAGGUGCUGGACAGUCCUCUCAAUCUCGCCCAUCAACAGUGCAGGAAAGCAGAGCGCUUGCUGGCUGCUGGGAAAUUUGAAGAUGCCAUCUCCUGCCACAGAAAAGCUGCAGAACUUCUCAAGGAGGCCAUGAAGCUCACCAAGUGUGAACAGGCUCGCCUGUCACUGGAGCUUCAGAGGGACAGUCACAUCAAGCAGCAGAGGCUGAUUGAGGAGCAAUGGAAGCGAGCAAAGCGAGAGGACAAGCCCAGAACACUCCAGCAUGUCCAAGCCUCAGACCAAACGCCACGCCGCGACCUACAGCCGGGCAGAACCACCAUGGACGUCUCCCAACCCUCUGAACGCGAGUAUGACACCUGGUUGUACCUCCUGAAGAACAAAGGCACUGUUCCAGAGCCCUGCGCAGGCAGUAAAGCCCAGAAAGAUGAUAAAACCCGUCUGGAAGAGCAACAGACCACCAUCGAUGACCUACGUGACCUGGUGGACCGACUGGUGUGCGAAAACGAGCAGCUGAAACGGGAGAACGAGCAGCUACGGGCAGAGAAUGCACGGCUGAAGAAGGAACCCUACGCUGAUGCCGACUUCGUGGAGCGGUCGGAGCUGUGGGUGCUUCCGCGGACGACCGAGGAGCGCAAGGCCAAGGACAUUCCCAUCCCACAGCUCCCUCCGCUGGAGAUGCCCACUCAGGAGAUCCCUCUGGAAGACCUGCCCGGCCUAGAGCUUCCUGAGGACAUCCAGCAGGAAUUGCAGGAGCUGUUGGACAGGGAGAAGCUGUGACCACUCACACUCAAAACACGCACCAAAGGGAGACUUCAAUCGCCAUCGUGUGCCAGCGAACACACAGAGGAAGCACAUUCACGGUGGAGCAGCCAAGCGGCGGAAGUGACGGUUCACGCGACCGUCCUACUCGACUUCUCAGUGGCGCCCUGUAGCGUUUGGAUAUACAAAGAAAGAAAACAACGCUUUUUGAAGUGUGUGUGCCUUUUUAAACAUUUCUAACAUGUUUUUUGUUAUGAAGUACGAGUGAAAAGGAACAUCGGAGAUUCUGUUGAACACUAUGUUAUCAGCAGGUGAAUUUGCCUCUUGCAAAUUCCCACUUUGAAUCGUACACUAUUUCCUACACAGACACUGUGAACUACAUUCAUGUGUGAGUGUUUUGUGCAGUAUCUGUUGAUGUUGUGGUUAUGCAGUUUCAGUCGUCUAUCAACAGCGCAGAUUUAGGACAUAGAGGAAGCCAAGAGGCAUUAAUGCAAUUAGUUAUGCAUUCUGUUUCCAUACCAGCUUGCAGCACUUGUUUUGCCUUAUUGCAAUUAGUACGAAGCCCAGUCAUGAAGUCAUCUCUGGACGAUUUGUAGCAACUUGUAAAACAAAAACAGCUGUGGUUUAUUUCUACAGGAUAAGGGAUUUUGAACAUGAGUGUGAGACUAUUGCAUUCGGAACGAUAAGCAAUAAUCAUGUCAAGUGCUACAGAAUCACUCAUUCAUUUUGUUGUUUCUCAUCACCGCUCACUUCUCUGAAUUCCUGCUCCGCUGUGUCAUUCUUCAGACACCAUGUCAACAGCAUAGGAAUGGACAUGUCCUAAAAGCUUCACUCUUUGGACCUGUGUGAAGUCUGUGUGAAUGAACUGAGGAUGUUGUUCAUUGUUUUGAAGCUUCAUUUGUACUGUACUCAUCAAUCAAGAAUUGUGUGGAUCACGGUGUUAAUAUUUUCAGGUAACUGAUUGCACAAUCAUACCUUGCUCUAACAAUAAACCAGGUCCUCACACUAAUCAAAAGCAUACCAACAUGUGCCAGACAUGCCUGGGAAGAGAUGAAUUUAUCGCUUAUGUUUGUGUCAUGAAGAGGGAACCAAAUCCACAUUUUGCUCUUUUUAUUAUUAUUAUUAUUUUGUUUUAAUUCAAUGUUUAAUUACUGGUUUACCACAGUAAUCAGGGUGCAUCAAAUUGUCUUUUUUUUUUUUGUGAUGUAAUAAUCAAUGAAAAUCAUAUGAUGAAAAUGUUUUGAUGCAUGAAUGGCUGUUCUGCUGUAGCUGUACGUAUAUAUGAUUAAGAUAUUGAAAACAAGAAUUUAUGUACAAUUCUUUUGUGAGUUUAAUUGUUCUGACAAGCAUUAAAGAUUUUAACAAGUGGCAGCAUAAA